AUGGCCAGCAGAGGGCAGCACGUCCCCACAGAGUCAGGCUGUGACUCCAUCAGCCGAUUCAACAUGCUCCAGCCCGGGGAUUUAGAACCUAUUCAGUCACAAACGCUAAUUCACUUUGUUACCUUCACUGCCAUCUCAUGGUUGGAGCAGACUGGAGUUCCUGAGCAGGGAACAAAGCUCAGCCGAAAAACCAGGGUAUUAUUAGCCCAUUUUCCAGACGAGGAAAUUGAGGUGUUGGGAGGUCAGGAAGCUCACCGAAAGUCAGAUUGUUACAAAGUGGAAGAUUCAAAUCCAGGUCUGGCUCGAGAGUCCACUCCGAGGACCUGGGAGCAAAGCCGCGUCGGGAGGGCAAGCGGAGCCUUUAGGGCUGGGGAGGGGGUGAACCCUCAGGGUGGGCUGUCCCCUCCUCACCCCGUCCGCCGGCCGCGGCAGGGGGGAGAGCCGGGGACCGAAACCCAGUGGUUUGUAGUGUCCGGGCAGCAGCUCCCCAACUCUCGGGAGGCUGCGGACCCGGGAUACCCCACUGAGCGCACACAGCCUGGCGAACGGGAGACCAAAACACAAAGCGAGCGGCUGGGGGAGGGGGCGGGCGCGGGCCCGAGCACACCGAUUGCUCGGAGCCCUGGCGCCCGGCGCCUGCGAGCCUCGCCGACCAGCCUGCGAAGAGCACGCGGGGGGCGGCCCCGUCACCUCGCCAAGCCCGGGGUCCCCACAAAGCCCGCACCGUUCCCCUUCCCCUGGGGCGGGAAUUUGAGAAUAGCCCAGCCGAGGGAGCCCCCGGUCCCGGGCCCCGCGCAACCCGCGCCGCAGUCCGGGCCGUGGGUGGAGGCUGCGCGCCGCACCCGAGGCGUAGACUUCUCUUUCGGGGCAGCUGGCCGGUCCCGCUCUCCACCUUUCCUGCGCCGGUCCCCAACCAGCGGUUCUCCACGCACCCAGUUUCCAGCGAUACGUGUCGCGCGCCGACGGAGUGGACAUGGGCAAAGCGAUGGUGGCCAGGCUCGGACUGGGGCUGCUGCUUCUGGCACUGCUCCUACCCACACAGAUUUAUUCAAAUCAAACAACUGUUGCAACAACUUCGAGUAACUCCUCCCAGAGUACCUCGGCUGCCCCAAAUACAGCUACUGCCACCACCCAUUCAAACGGUGGUACUCUGCAGUCAACAGCCAGUCUCUUUGUGAUCUCGUUCUCCCUUCUACAUCUCUACUGUUAAGAGACUCAGGCCAAGAAACAUCUGUACUUCCCCAUCUUCUAAACCCAAUCCAAAUUGCAUCUAGAUGUCCAGUGUGGCAAGGGAAAAAACAGGUCUUCAUCAAAUCUGCAAAUUGCACACCUUCUUUUAUUGACACAGAAUAUGUUGAGGAUCCCAAAUUUGAUUGGUUUGAAGAGCAUGUGAAGGGUUUGACUAGCUGAUGAAUGCCAAUAUUAAAUCUGCUGGAGUUUCAUGUACAAGAUGAAGAGAGACAACAUCUAAAAGUUUUAAGAGAUGAUUUCUUGAAAUAUGGCUUAAGAAAUAUGGACACAUAAAACUCUACCUUGAAAAUCAGAAUAGAUUUUACCUUAUCUAGAGAUAAAGGAUGGGAUGUGGAACAGAUCCAAUUUUCAUUUGGUUCUUUAAAUCUCUAAGGCCAUAAAACAGUUAGGUAAUAGAAAAAGCUUCCAUGAUUCUAUUUAUAUGUACAUUAGAAGGAACUUCCAGGUGUUACUGUAAAUCCUCAAUGUAUUGUUUCAACAGUACUAAUUUAAUGCCAAUGUACUCGGGAUAAAGUUUUACGUUGUUAAGCUAUCACUGUUUUCUUGAGAACUGAAUCCUUUCCUCUGAGGCUUUGAAUUUGUCAUUGCAGUUGACUUUAUGUAGUAAUUGGCAUGUGCCAGAGUAAUGAUGGAUUGGAAUCCACCCUAAAUCCAAGCAUAAUGAGUAAAUUUUGCUUAUAUACUAAUCACCUAUAUUCAAUAAGAGCGCCAGAUUCAUUUAGCUGAACUGAUUCCAAAGAGUAGAAGUGCAUUGACCUCAGCUAAUUUCAAAAUGCUUUUUAUUUAGCAUAUGUUGGAUACUUUUUACAAUUUAAAAGUGAUCUGUUUUGAAGAGAAAAUUGACAAAUCUUGAAAUUAAAAAGGCAAAUAUAUGAAGGAGCUGAAACUGUAAAUCAAGUAUUUGGGAAGUGGAGACUGGAAGCUAACUUGCAUUAAAUUCAGAAAAACUUUUAUACUCUUUUCUGUAAAUACUUUUUUUAAAAGCUAUGAAUCAGAAGAGCCACAUUUGGAACACUUUCUGUUAUCAGUCAAUAUUUUUAGAGAGUUAGAACCUGGUCCUAAAGCUUAAAGUGGGCUUGAUUCUGGAAAGUAAAUCUUUUCACAACUGCCUCGAUGCACAAAAACCUUUUGAAAAAUAGAUACUCCCUGAAGUCUUUUGUUCGCAUGGUCACACACUGAAGCUUAGAUGUUCCUGUAUCUAAUAUGAACACAGUAGUCUUGAUAACCAGUCAUUUUUUUUCCCCACCUUUAGAAACCUACACCGGAACAACAAUCUCCAUCAGAUCUUGAGCUACUGUGUGUGUGAAUGAACAUUCCCUUUUGUUUCAUAUCUGGAUGCUGUACCUCUGUUUUGGAUUGUAUAUUGUGUUUGUGUAUUUAUGCUUUGAUUCAUAGUAACUUCUCAUGUUAUGGAAUUGAUUUGCAUUGAACACAAACUGUAAAUAAAAAAUGGCUGAAAGUGCAA